GCGGCAGCGGCCUCGGGGAAGACAGAUGGGGUGAGAGACAGCGCGGGUCCGGCUGUCAGCGGCCGAGCCCCGCCGCGGAGGGAGCCCCUCCUCCCGCCGUGCGCUCCCGGCCGGGGCAACCAUGGCGUCCAGCGAGGAGGACGGAGGUGGUAACGGCGCGGUGGAGGAGAAGGGCAAGAAACGGAAGCUGGGCGCCCUGGCCACAGCCUGGCUCAUCUUCUACAACGUCGCCAUGACCGCGGGGUGGCUGGUAUUAGGUAUUGCCAUGGUGCGGUUUUAUAUACAGAAAGGAACACAUAGAGGCUUAUUCAGAAGCGUUCAAAAGACGCUUAAAUUUUUCCAGACAUUUGCUUUGCUUGAGGUAGUCCACUGUGCAGUUGGAAUAGUUCGCACAUCUGUGCUUGUGACUGGGGUCCAAGUGAGUUCAAGAAUCUUCAUGGUGUGGUUCAUUGCACAUAGUAUAAAACAGAUCCAGAAUGAGGAGAGCGUUAUUCUUUUUCUGGUGGUAUGGACUGUGACAGAGAUUACUCGAUAUUCCUUCUACACAUUCAACCUGCUCAACCAUUUGCCAUACUUCAUUAAAUGGGCCAGAUACAACUUUUUUAUCAUUUUGUAUCCUGCUGGAGUUGCAGGUGAACUGCUAACCAUAUAUGCUGCUUUACCCUAUGUGAAGAAAACAGGAAUGUUUUCACUGAGACUUCCCAACAAAUAUAAUGUCUCCUUCGACUACUAUUACUUCCUUAUUAUUGUCAUGUUCUCCUAUGUGCCAUUAUUUCCACAACUCUACUUCCACAUGCUGCGGCAGAGAAGAAGGGUGCUUCAUGGAGAAGUGAUUGUGGAAAAGGACGAUUGAAUCAAGAUGUGUAACUAUGGUGCUUUUAGUGGAAAACAAAAAAGAGGGUAAAACCUCAAUAUUUCCUGUGCUUUUUCUGAGUCCAAGUUUUAAAACAUGGAACAAGAAUAAACAACUGUGCAUAAAAUA